AUGCAUCGAUCACAACAAUCACGUAAACGUCAUUCUUCAUCAUUUAUUAAAUUUGUUGCUCGUCUUCAACAUACAUUUUCUUCAAAAAAUAUUAAAUCAUCAACUCCUAUUGUUCAGCAACAAUUAUCUCAUCAAUCUAAUUCUACUCCUCUUCCUAAAUUUCCAUCAUUUUCAAAUUUUAAUUAUCCACGUUGUCGUUUAUCACAAAUUCUUUAUGAUCCAUCACGUCAAGUUGAAUAUUUAAGUGAAAUUGAAGAAAAAACAAAUUCUGAUUUAUCUGAACAAUCAUUUUCUAUUGAUGAUAAUGAUUCAUGUUAUGAUUCAAUGAGUGAUCAUCGAAAUGAUAAAUAUAAUUUAUCACAAAUGAAUGUUAGUAUGAAUGAUAUUUCUAAUCAUCAAUCUCAACCAAUGAAACUUCUUAAAUUACCUAAUUCAUUGGAUACUGCUCGUUUUCAUUCAACUGCUAUCAAUGAUAUGGGAAAUUUUUGA